GAAUAACCUAACAUUUCCUGUUACAAAAAAGACUGAGUGUUUGUUUUCGUUCACCAUGUAAAUGAACAAAACAAACAUGAAUAAACCGAAACCAACGAAUCCUUGGAAUCAAAAUCGGAACCAACCAAAAAAACCCAAAAGUAAAUUGGAAAACUCGCCGACACCAGCCCAACAAAAGUCGGCAGAUUUAAAAUUUAAGGAAGCCCAAAAAAAACUUCAAGCUGCAGUACAAAAGCACGUAAAAGAAUACGAGUCUUCCUCUGAUGAAGAAGAGUUAGAGUCAAAAAAUGUAAUUGAUUCAAUAUUGAAGAGUUACACUCAAUCAGGAGGAACAGAUGACCAAUUAGAACGUACGCAAAUAUUUUUAGAACAAUCCUUUCUAUCAGGAGCAGCCACUUGUCUGAUUUGCAUUUCCAGAAUAAAAAGAGAUGAUGAAAUCUGGAGUUGUAACAAUUGCUAUGGCUUCUUUCACAUAAUGUGCAUUCAAAGAUGGUCCAAAGACACAAUAACUCAUCAAAAGCAAGCACUUGAAGGACAGAUUGUGGUAAAUCAAAAAACAAUAUCUUGGUGUUGCCCUAAAUGCAGACAUGAGUACAAUCCCGAGGACAUACCAAGCAAAUAUCUUUGCUUCUGUGGAAAGGUUGAAAAACCUAAAUUCCAAGCAUUUCUGGUGCCUCACUCCUGUGGAGAAAUCUGCAAAAAGGAUUUAAUACCCAAGUGUGGACACAAAUGUGUGCUGUUAUGUCACCCAGGUCCUUGUCCACCAUGUCCAGUGACAGUGACUGUGACUUGUUACUGUGGCAGUCAACCACCUAGGACACAGAGGUGCAGUAAAAAGGACUGGUCCUGUGGAAAUAAGUGUGGAAAAUUGUUGUCCUGUGAGAAACACACUUGUGCUGAACCAUGCCAUGCAGGUCUAUGUCAACCAUGUCCAAAGAAAAGUGUCCAGAAAUGCAUGUGCAAGGCACAUCAAAAACUUAGGGAUUGUGCUGAACCAAUUUGGCAGUGUAACAAGGUUUGUAAUAAACCACUUGAAUGUGGACAUCACACUUGUCCUGAAGUGUGUCAUGCAGGAGUGUGUGAUGUGUGUGAACUGACUAAACCAAGAACAUGUCCUUGUGGUAAAAAUAAGUAUCAAUUACCAUGUACUGAGGAGACGCCCACUUGUAAAGACACUUGUGACAAAUUAUUAGAAUGUGGAGCCCAUACCUGUAACCAGAGAUGCCAUAAAGACAAAUGUGGACUGUGCCUUGAAACUGUUGUAAAACAGUGUAGGUGUGGCCAACACACAAAAGAAAUUCAAUGUUAUAAAUCUUAUCUAUGUGAAACUAAAUGUAAGAAGAUGAAGGAUUGCAACAAACAUCCUUGCAACAGGAAGUGUUGUGAUGGCAAUUGCCCUCCUUGUGAAAAGCCUUGUGGAGCAACUUUAAAUUGCGGCAAACACAAAUGUUCUUCAGUGUGUCACAGGGGUCCUUGUUAUCCUUGUAGCAAUACAGAAAUUGUAUCGUGCAAAUGCGGCCACACAAAACUUACCGUUCCUUGUGGCAAAAAACACAAAACGAAACCACCUAAAUGCAACAAACUUUGCCUAAAUCCUCCCGACUGCCAUCACGAGAAGCGCAUUGAACACAGAUGCCAUUUUGGUGACUGCCCACCUUGUAAACAAAUUUGUAAUAAGACCAGAAGCACAUGUGAUCAUUUGUGCCCUAGAAUUUGUCAUUCGUCAGUGUUGAUGAAACUUGAAGGUCAAAAAGCAUCAAUGCCUUGGGAACAACAGAAACCUCAACAAGUCAAGAAAGCACUUCCUUGUCCAGAUUGUGUGGUUCCAGUUCCAGUAACAUGUCUUGGUGGACAUGAAACAUGUGAUUGGCCUUGUCAUAUGGCCAAACCAAGUAGUUGCCAUAGGCCUUGUGGAAGAUUACUUGCAUGUGGAAACCACACAUGUAAUUUGGCCUGUCACACAGUAGAAUCGGCGCCGGAUAUUACAACGGCGGGAGUAACGUGCGAGCCUUGCGAAGGAUUGUGUACGAAAGAAAGACCAGAAGGUUGUGGCCAUGAUUGCCCAAAACCCUGUCAUCCAGGGCCAUGCCCUCCUUGCAAGCACAUGGUUAGAAUAAAAUGCCACUGUGGGUUGAACCAGCCCUACGUUCAAUGCCAUGAGUGGUUGCAACUUGACAAAAGGGAGGAGCUGAAAAGUUGUGGAAAUCAGUGCCCCAAAAAUUUUGAGUGUGGUCAUAGAUGUAAAGCUAACUGCCAUUCAGGUUCUUGCCCAAAUGCAAGCUUGUGUAAGAAAAAAGUUAAAGUAACUUGCAAAUGUAAACGUAUCAAAAAGGAAUUUUCAUGUGAGACUGUAAGGAAGAACCUUGCAAUAGUUGAGUGUGAUGAGGUAUGUGCUCAAAAACUGGAAGAAGAGAGAAAAUUAAAAGAUUAUAUUAAUGAACAAAAGAAAAAAGAAGAAGAAAUUAAAAAUAAAAAAGAAUUGGAGAAAUAUCAGAGGAUGUUUGAAGGCAAGAAGAAAAAUAGAGAAAGAAGGAUAGGACAAGUAGAUGAUGAAGACAAUAAAUUUAAGAAAUACUUGCCCUACAUUUUAGGAGGUGUCUUAGGUGUUUCUGCUAUGAUAAUAUACCUUACAAUAUAUUAAGUAAUAGAUUUAAAUUUAUUAUAAUUGAGGGCUCUAUAUUGUAUAUGACAAUUAAAUUAUUUAUAAAACAUA